GAUGGAUGGCCCAAUGAAAAUAUUAAUAAGAGCAUUUUUCUGAAAUAAAACUCAAGGUUUACUCCUCACUGACAACAGAAUAGGCAGAAUUAUUUACAAAUCAUGACAAGGAAGUGAUCUGCACUCUGGACAGCUGCCAGGGACAAUAAUAAUAGGGAUAGUUUAAAAGUAAUAAUUAAAUAAUUCAUUUGUCAUUUGUUCAUGUAUUCUAAUCUUUAAGUUAUUCAUGUUAAUGUCUCCUCCAGAUGCUCCAAAUCUUCCCUCUGUGUCAGUGAGUACCUCUGCUGAGAUAGUGGAGGGCAGUUCAGUGACUCUGACCUGUAGCAGUGAUGCUAACCCAGCAGCUAAAUACACCUGGUACAAGGAGAACCAAACACUGAUUCAAGGACAACAACCAAUCUACCAUUUCAGUUCCAUCAGAUCUGAGGAAAGAGGGAACUAUUACUGCAAGUCUGAGAAUCAACACGGACAGAUCAACUCUACAUCUCAAUUUAUAGAUGUCCAGUAUGCUCCAAAGCUUCGCUCUGUGUCAGUGAGUCCCUCUGCUGAGAUAGUGGAGGGCAGUUCAGUGACUCUGACCUGUAGCAUUGAUGCUAACCCAGCAGCAGUACAAGGAGAACCAGAUUCCGCUUCUAAGACCAAAAUAUAUUUAUCAUUUCACUUCUAUCAGCUUAGAUGAUAGCGGGAACUACCACUGACAGUCUGAGAAUAAGUAUGGCCAGAGAAACUCCACAUCUGUACAUAUAGAUGUUCAGUGUGAGUACAAACGAUCGGCAAAUCACUACUGUACAUACAAUGUAUUUAAG